AUGUUUGAAGUAGCAAAUGGUGACUUUAAGCGUGCACAAUUUUAUUCUAAUAUUUUGAGAUUUUUCGUCACUCAAGUGAAACAAAUCGAAUCAAAGAAUCUUCCAAUUCAACCAAGAAUGAAAAAGUUUGUACAGAUAGCUAACUUUUUACAAAUGAGUUUAGAAACAAGUUCUGCAAUUGAUGUUGAAAAUCCUUUGGCCAUAGCAAAAUUUUUUCCGAAUAUGGUUUUUGCAGACACUGGAAUGCAAGAAUUAUCAAAGCUGACAGAAAGACUUGCUAAACUUGAAAAAGACAAACUCGAUGAAUAUUUUUCUGUCAUUGACAUGGUCACUCAAGUGGUACAUGAACACAUGAAAAUACAAGAUGAGGCUGGAGACAAAAGACCUGUAUUGGACAUGAUGAAAGUAAUUGUAAGGAAUGGAAUGAAAUUGGUGGCUGUUUUAACAGUGGAUUGGAAUAAUUGGGAAAAGAUAAUGCUCUACUCGUCUAAUAUCACACACUUAAGCGAGAGUGAAUACUUUAUGUUAAUUCCAUCUGCUGCUGUUUCACACAUUGCCAACGCAUCAAAACAGCACUUGAGAGUUCUUUCAAUGAUGAAAUUAGGAUGCUUUCCAACAUCCGUACUUGAGACCUAUCUUGGUAUUCCAAGAUUUAAGAGCACUCAACAUUUUGAAAGGACGUUUCGAUAG